GUGCGUUGCGAUUCCACUCGAAUCCCGUCUUGUGUGCGGCCGUAUUACUUGGUUGUGCUGAUGUUGUUAACCUGUUUUUCACGUAAUGGCGGAUUACCCAAACGUCUGAAAAACCUCUGUCAGUUCUACUCCGGCAAUACCAGCUGGGCCCGAAGCAAGCAUCGAGCGCUACAGCGGCAUGCGAACGUCCAAGGAGUUCUUCCUGUCUCAGGGAAAGUCAUAGGACGAUGUGGUUUGUUCACCUUCGUUUCGGUAAGCGCAUUACUAUUCGGUUCGACGGUUUGGAGUUUCGAACACUGGCGCGCGCGGUCGUGGAGGCUAAAACAUGGGCACGACGGAUCUGGUGAUCGUUUGCGCUUCUCCACGCAGGUGCGUUCGAAAAAAACUAGAAUCCUUGUUAGGCAGACCCUUCCAAGCAAACGAUGUAUUCUGGGGUAUGUUGUAUUUGGUGUGUCACUAAACCUUGUGUUCUCUAUCCUAGCUAUCGUUGCUUGCAACCUCGUUGUCUUUAUCGGCCAUCGCAGCCCACUUCAAUCGAUAUUCUUGCGCUAUUUUGUUAAUAGCCCUUACGGUCCCACUCCCGCUUUGUCUAUGCUCCUGAGUGUAUUCUCGCAUCAUAGUCCUUUUCACCUGGCGAUCAACAUGUAUGUGCUUCACAGCUUCACAUCGACUUUGAUCAACAUUCUGGGUCCGGGUGACUUCAUCUACCUCUUCGUCGGAGGCGGUGCCUUUGGCGAACCUAACUAUGAUGGAAUUUAUUGUUCCCUUUCACAGGUACUACAGUGGUGGUGGUAUGGACGCAAUAUGGAAACGUCGAAACACAGUUGUCUCUCAGUGGCGCAAGUGGCGUGGGGAAUGAUACGAAUGGAUUUAGCAUUACGAACCAAUGAACAAUUGUACAGUUCUGGUGGCGUCUUUUGCCAGCAUACGCAAAAACAUCUUGUGUGUUACGCGACUUUUCUCUCUGGGUUUGGGUAUUCCCUUUUUUUCCUUCUUCAACUGUCUGAAUGGCUGUAU